CCUGGAGAAUCCAGCAGCGCCGCCGAAAGGGGAGGCCGCUGCCCCGCUGCCCUCUCCCGCCCGAGAGGCCGCAUUCGUCGCUUCCCUCCCCGGAAGGCGGGGUUUUCCCAGGCUCUGGCGGCGGCUGGGGCGACGUGCCCGGCUUCUCUCCCCGGCCGCCGAGGCGCCCAGCGCCCGCCCGCCCUUGUGGCGGCUGCGGCUGCGGGAGACCUUCCGGCACGCGCUUCGGGGCAGCGCCUGCGGACAGCCAGGCGGCUGGAGCCGAGGAGGGAGGCCCGAGGCCGGCAUCCCCCCUGGAUGCCGCUCUGCCCACGGCCUCCCACGCGUGGGGGCCGGGGCUGGGGCCGAGCAGGGGCUCCCCUUGGUGGGGAGCCGGCGCGGGGCCGGGAGCCUCACGUGCCGGGCGCCGCCGACCGCAGAGGGCAGCGACCUGCGCGCCCUCCUCGGCCGGGCGGGGCGGCAGCGCCGCGAGGGUUAAAGCGGGCGCGUGAUUGACAGCGCGGCUCCUGGUGCCCGGGGGCCAGGCGUGCGCCAUUGGCCACCGGUGGCUGCGCCGAGCAGCCAAUGAGUGGGCACCGUCCACGAGCGGGGCCGCGUGCCUCCCGCUCCCAUUGGCUGAAAGUCACUGUGGGAAAGAAAGUUUGGCGAGUUUCACACGAGCCGUUCGCGUGCAGGGCAGUUUAUAAAUAGCGGCCGCCAGGCAGGGAGCCGGCCGGGGUUGCGCGGGGCUGGGGGUGGCUGCUAGCCCGGCAGCUCCGGCCGCAGGGAAGCGCGGAGGGCGCCCGCCGGACUGGGAAGGGCCACCCGGCCACGGCCCCGCCCGCGGGGUUCGCUGCGCCGGAUCCCGAGUCGGAUCCCGAGUCGCACCGGCUCUCCCGUGGCCACGUCGGCCUUGGCCGGGCCACGAUGCCCGCCGACCCGAUGGAGAAGAGCUCCUCCUCGCCCGCGGCAGCCACCCCGGCCAGCGCGCACGCCACCCCGGACAAGCCCCGCACCGCCGCCGAGCAGCGGAAGUCGUCCAAGCCCAUCAUGGAGAAGCGGCGGCGCGCCCGGAUCAACGAGAGCCUGGGGCAGCUGAAGACGCUCAUCCUGGACGCCCUCAAGAAGGACAGCUCCCGACACUCCAAGCUGGAGAAGGCGGACAUUCUGGAAAUGACGGUGAAGCACUUGCGGAACCUGCAGCGGGCCCAGAUGACCGCGGCGCUCAACACGGAUCCUUCCGUCUUGUGCAAGUACCGAGCAGGUUUCAACGAAUGCAUGAACGAGGUGACUCGCUUCCUCUCCUCCUGCGAGGGAGUGAACACGGAGGUCCGCAACCGUCUGCUUGGACACCUGGCCGGCUGCCUGAGCCAGAUCAGCGCCUUGAACUACCCCGCCCCACAGUCUGCAGCGCUGCCCACGACUCCCGGCGCCCAGCCAGGAGCCUCUUUGGGGCAGCCUCUGGUACAGAUGCCCGCCGGCGCAGCGCCCCCUUCUGGCAGCGUGGCUUCCUGCAAGCUCAGCAACGCGGCUGGCGAGAGCGCCCAGGUGUGCGGCGGCUUCCAGCUGGUGCCGGCGUCGGACGGGCAGUUCGCCUUCCUCAUCCCCAACGCGGCCUUUGCACCGCACGGCAGCGCGGUCGUCCCACUUUGCGCCGGCGGGGGUCUGAGCUCAGGCCCUCCCCCUGCCGGCAUCUCGUCGGGAUCGGUUGCCCCGUCGCUCCCGGCAGACUCGCUCUGGAGACCCUGGUGAGCGCUGCGGACCAGCCCUGGCCCCGGACUCAGCGGGCGGGCCGGUGGGAGGCCCCCCAGUGACUGCCCGCUUGGCUUCUUCUCCCCACCCCACCCCGCCUGUAAAUAGGACCUUCCGCUCCUCUUGGAUUGUGCCUCCGCGUCUUUCCGUCUUUUUUUUUAUUUCUAAGCAAUACCAAAGAUUGAUUUGUUCAUAUACAAAAAGCCUUCCCUUCCUUUUUUUGGAAGCCUUGAUAGAAAUAAAGACUUUGACCAUCA